UGAUUCACUCACACGGAAUACCCGAUGAAAACAUAAUUGUCAUGCAUUACGACGACAUCGCGUUCGACACAUCCAACCCGACCCCCGGUAUUAUAAUCAACAAAUAUGGCGGACCCGAUGUCUAUGAAGGGGUCCCUAAAGAUUAUACCGGAGAAGAUGUCACACCACAGAAUUUUUUGGGUAUACUUCGCGGAGACGAGGAAUUAGUCAAAAAAGGCAAACGAGUGCUUAAAAGCAGUCCAAACGAUCGCGUAUUUGUUUAUUUAGAUGAUCAUGGAGCUCCAGGCUAG